AUGUGGGAAAAGUCACAGAAAGCAGAUGAUAUGUUAUUGAAGAGGAGCUUAGAAUGGUUGACCGAAGGAGAGUUAGUGCAUAUUGAAAAUAUUCAGAAGAAGUUUUCAGGUAGUAAGAAAGUGAAAGGUUUGCAGGUUUGGAUUUCUCACUGUUUUAUGAGAGUUUGUGCAUUUGUUACAACGGGUUCAGAGUCGUAUAAAGACCAUGUUUGAAAGUAUUUGACCGAUUUAAAUUGCAGAUUGAAAAGAUCCAGCAAGGUAAUACAAAUCCAUCAUCUGUCUUUUGCUGCUAUUUUGCUUUUUGCUGAUUUUACUGAUAUAUUCAACACAAUAACUUGCAAUUUUCCUGAUAUAUUGAACACAAAAAACCAUAAUAGGUUGAGAUAGUAAUCCAUGUUGUUGUAAUCGGUAAUGCUUUGCAGUUUUUGCUGAUUUUCUUGAUUUGUUGCGCUUUAUUUUUGAUAAUGAUUUGUUGUUGCUUUUGUUGAUUUUUGAAAUAUAUGGUUAUAUUUUGCUGAAUUAUGUGUUCAUUUACUGAAUUUUGUGUUCAUUUGUUGAUGUUUCUGGUCAUUUCUUGAUGUAUCAAUAUAUUAAUCAUUAUAUUAAAACAACUCCUGAUUUUGGAUGAAAAAAUUGCAAGGUGUUUGUUGGUUGCUUUGGUUAUUGAUAACGUGGAGCGAUAAAGAUACUUUUCUUUCUCUAUGAUUAUGAUUUCGUUUCUUUAAGAUCUAAUUUGGUUAUUUGAAUAAAUUGAAAGAUACGGAGUGGAUUUCCAGGCAAGAUCCUUAUGUUUGUAACACGGAACGAGACUUGC